GAUUGACACUAUUAAAUUGUUGCCAAAAAUUACAUCCUCUGCAACAAUUAUUGAGUUUCCAAUCAAUUGAAGCUCUUUAGCAUUGGACCACGAGACACACGCGAAGCUUUCCAUCAGUAAUCUUCAUCUUGUUAAAUUCUUGGAUAAUCAUCAUCAUUUACUGCUACCUUAAUUUUACAGAUAUAUAGUAUAGAGAGCUAGGGAGAUAAGAUAGAGACUCAGGGAGACAUGCUCACUUCUCAUCACCUUCCUAGGAAUUUCCUUGCGUUUCAGACCACCUUAUCACCAAUUUCUUUCAAUCGUUACACUGUUUGUCUUAUAAGGACAAAUCUUCUCUUCUUGUUAUUCUUCAUUUCGAUAUCUCUUCUUGCUCCUCGAUCCAAAGGCUAGGAUUUCUUCAUCUGGUUUGUGUGAUCUUAUACGAAUUUGUUGCUUUCUCAUCCUUAGCUGGUUUUCUUGAUUUUUUAGGGUGUUUUAAGAGAUGGGUUUGAGUUCUAAGCAGGUUUCUAGUGAUGGGUUAGAUUGGAGCCAGACACUUUUGCAGCAGGCACGGACCUUGGAGCUCCCUAAGCCUCCUAUUGUAAGGGGGCAACAGCAACAAAACCAGCAGCAAUCAGAGCCCUUGAAGUGCCCAAGAUGUGACUCAACGAACACCAAGUUUUGUUACUAUAACAACUACAAUAAGUCACAGCCAAGGCAUUUUUGCAAGACGUGCAAGAGGCACUGGACUAAAGGUGGCACUCUCCGCAAUGUUCCUAUAGGCGGUGGGCGCAAAAAUAAGCGGCUGAAAACGUCGAAAAACACUGCUAAAACCUCCUCCGCAGCCGCCACUAGAAGCGCCACUAGUACAAGAACCAAUAGUGGCAGUAUCAUUAACAGGGUGAAUCCCCAAAUUGUAAUUCAAGCUCAGCAUCAAAAGCAAAAUCUUCCUCUCGCACAUGGUGAUCAGAAAAGCGUAUCUGAAAUCAUGUGUCAAGCAAUGAUUAGCCCACCAUCUUUAGCUUUGCAACAGAAUUCUAUGAGCUGCAGCAACUUUUCCAGUAAAAGUUUCAAUACCGGGAACAGCGGUGUCUUUCUGGGUUCAACUUUGUCUCUUCCUCAAAAUCAAGGAUUACACUUUCCAUAUUCAAGCUCAAGCACUUUCGACACACACCCAUCUUUGAUCUCCACCUCCUUGCAGUCCUCAAAUCUUUAUAACUACAGAAGUGGAGAAGCUAUGGAAGAUUCAACCAUCACAACCGUCAUGCCUGCCACGAGCAACACCAUCUCUCAUCAGCCAUGGCAAGUGCCAAAUGCAAGCUGUGGUAUGGACAUGACAAGUUACUGGAAUUGGGAUGAUAUUGAUACUUUUGUAUCCACUAAUCUCAACGUACCCUGGGAUGAUUCUGAGCUUAAACCAUAAUUAUGGGGGUUUCAAUUGACCAUUAGGAGUGUGUAUAAAUCAUUUUCUUUUCUUCUUCUUCUUUUUUCCCCUUUGAUCUUUAUCAACUAUAAGUUAUUGGGAAUUUGUGUUUGAUUGAGGUGAAUGAUUUCAGUGUCAAAAUUCAAGUUUCUGUUUUUCAGGUCAUGUAUAAUGUAGUGUAACUAUUAUAGUACGUAGACUAAUUGAAGCUGUCCCUUUUAGUUUCAGCUUCGGGCUAAUAUAUAUCAGGUGUCCAUUUCUGUACUCUCUAGUCUUCCUUGCUCAUUUCAAUUAUAAAAUUUUAAUCUUCAAGGGUAGGGUUAAUUACUUGUGAUUCGGCUGGAGAAGAGGCAUUGGGGAGCCAAGAGGGAGAUGGGUCUCAUCCAGCUAGGGUGGGCUAACUCAGAUGUGAUGUAUGAUUCUUGUGGAUGUGUAUAUUUUUUUGGAUAUCUGAACAAUAAUAUUUAGAUGGGGAUUUGUUUUGUUCA